AGUGUAUGGCUGAUGUUGUACACUAGAGGGAGCCAAUCACUGGGUUUUGAUGAGCGCUGCUGCUCCGCCCUCAGCGUCCAAUGUGGCCUUCAGGUGCUACUCGGAAGCACGCGAAGGCGUCGGGACAGUGAGCAGGUAGAGACUGUCAAUGAGAUCCCAGGGGAGCGUGAGACAGUCCGGGAGGUAGACUUUUGGGACGGUGUCACCACUGUACACGGCGUCUCUCCACUUUUCCCACUUUAAAUGGAGUUCCCGAGGAGUUUGGACCACUUUUAUUCCGCAGUUUUUCCUCGCGCAACUACUCUUUAAUCGUUGAUCAUUUUGAUGAACGAUUCAUUUUCCCCUCUGAGCUCUCAGGAGGAUCGUAUCUCAUUUGUCAGAGCAGUGGAGGCGCAGAAUAAAGAGGGGAAUGCCUGUGUUUCUUUCUUUCUUUCUUUUUGACACUGAGUAAGUUUUAAAUGAAGAGCGACUGUAGAAAGUGAGUCUGCGGGUCUGUUACAGAAGUCUCUUUGGUUUCGGACCCUGAAUAAUCACCAAGUAUGAAGUGAAGUAAGGCAGCGGGCCGCUUUGUUUGAUUUAAUAAUUACAUAAAGUGGUGUGCUGCUUCCAACAACCGUCUUCGAGGAUUAUUUUUCGCAACUCCUUGCUUGUAAAAAAAAUAUAUAUAUAUAUUACCCAACUUGUUGGCACGUCAUUAUCUGUCAGCGUGCUGGAUAACUUUUCCAGCGGCAACCUGUAGCCCAGCCUCUGAAGUUCAAGUCGUGCGUUUCUUGUGGAUUUAUCCAGAGAAUGUGUCGCGGGAUGUGCUGUGUUCUGACGCCGUUUGUCGAGCCGCGGCACGGUGACCGGUGCACACUUGUGAUAUAAAGGGUACGGAUGAGGAUCGAUCCCGGUGUUGUCUGGACCUGCCCUUGCGGGAGAAGGAUACGGCGGCUCGACUCCGAGGCAAACACGUUACAAACGAGGACAUUUGUUUAUCUCGCGAAGACCGACGGCACACUCGUAGCUGUGACACAACAACGAAACGUGUCUCCGCGGCGCAUCUGAGCGUGCAGCGCUCGGCCUCUCAACAUUAAUGACACUGGAUUAAAGUUCACUCAAGCCUGGUUUAUCUCGGAACGUACCGUCCGCUCCAUGUGGGCACUGAGAGAGAUGUAUUUGUAAAAAAAACAAAAACAAACAAACAAAAAAAAAACCGAGCAGAGUCAGAAUAUUAACUCUGGCGCUGAAUGGAAGUUUUGGGACAUUCACGCGUGAGUUGUGAUGGCUCUCCUCCAGCUUUGAAACUUUGGAUUUCGCAGUAGUUGUCGAGGCUGAAAGAAGGAGUGGGACGUAUAACCACAGAAACAUAUCCUCUCCGUUUUCGUCUAUCCGCGGUGCUUGCCUGCUUUGAAGUCCACCAUGUGCGGCCGGGCACCGCCGCUACAGCCGAGGCCAUGACCGUCCCCCAGCGGCGCCUGGCCGGGCUCUGGCCGUGGCUGCUCAUGGCGGCCCUGCAGGUGGUGCUGGGCCAGCCGGGCCUGGAGCCCGAGCGGCCGGCCCUGCGAGCGGUCAUCAAGGUGGCACUGCUGAACCACGAUCCGACGGGGAAGUCCAUCACCCUGGAGGGGGUGUUCGUGGGAGGAAGUGCCGGCUACGCGGAGGGAAAACUAAUGCAGUAUCACCCUCUGUCUCUGUGCAACACAAGCGAGGAUGAGCGACAAGAGAGUGACUUCAUCACUAUUGUCAAACUGGAGCACAGGGUACCCCGCUGUCUGCCGCUGCUCGAUAAGGCUCGCAUGGCAUUGGAUAAGGGAGCUCAGGCUGUGAUAUUUGAUGUCAGUGAUGAUGCCAAUGCUGCCGCCGAGCUGCGGGAAACAGACUCCCUUUCUCGUCCAGUGGUGUUGGUGAGGGCGAAGGACGCUGAGCAGCUGAUGGGCUUGGUUAACAAGAACGAGGAGGCCAAAGUUCGCAUUGAGAUCAUGGUGGAGCAGCCGCAAUCUCUGCACUAUGAUGUGGGCAUCCUGCUCACCAUUGUCCUUGCCAUUCUGACCAUUGUGCUGAUCUUCGCUUUACGCUACAAGUGCAAGUCCAACAGAACCUGGGACUCUGUCCAUCAGCAGACCAUGCGGGCCAUCAGCCGAUUGGAGACCAAAACCUACAACUCUCAGGGCUGCUCGGGCUCUCAGCGCCACCGUGCGGCCUGGGGGUCGGCCAGCAGCUCCAACUCGAGCCCCGUCUGUGCUAUCUGCCUGGAGGACUUCCAGGACGGGCAGCAUUUGAGGAUCAUCUCCUGUGCUCAUGAGUUCCACAAAGACUGCGUCGACCCCUGGCUGCUACAACACCGCACCUGUCCCCUCUGCAUGCACAACAUCAUGGGGACGGAGCGGCAGGCGCAGAGGAACAGACUCCAGCAGAAUCCAGAGCAAAGCCAGAGUUUCCUGCACCCUCAGCCUUACAGCAGCCCGCGCAACCACCCCUUCCCUCAGCACGCCGUUCCCUUCUCUAUGAGGCCCCUCUACCCUCGUGGACCCUCUGGACCCUACCCGUCUCUGGGCCACUACACUGGCUCCUCUCCCAGGGACACCCAAACAUUACGCUUCCUCACCAGCAGGCCGCCCGGCUCCGGCUGUGGGUACCACCUUCCCGCAGAAGGUCCUGGGAGGCCCCACAGGAUUGGAGGUAACUGCAGGACUUCCACCCACCACUACACGCCCCGUCGGUCCUGCCACAACUAUCGCUCGUCCUGUCCGGCUCAGCGCAGUGUGUCCAGCUCGAGACUGCACCACGGGGCCUCCGUGAUGCAACAAACCAGCGGAGCACCUGCCCAUAGCCGACAGGACGAGGGCAGCUGCUCGGGUGGCAGCUACCACACAGAACGCAGCGGGUACCUGGCUGACGGGCCAGCGAGUGACUCCAGCUCAGGGCCCUGCCAUGGCUCCUCCAGCGACUCAGUCCUCAACUGUACUGACGUGUCCCUGCAGGGGGUUUAUGGCAGCUGGUCCACCUUCCGUAGCUCUCUGAGUAGUGACUACGAUCCGUUUGUGUAUUACGGGCCAGGUUCUGGGCGCGCCCCCCGCAGGAACAGCCUGGAAGCGUGUGCCCAGGCCCGGCCUAGGUCUCUAGAUUCUGUGGUGAACAAGGCGGGCUGCCCCGAAGAACAGCCACAGACUGUGUUCAGCCACAUCCACUACCACCGCCACAGACACCACCACUAUGAGGAGGGGGAGCACGGCCAGGGCCCGAGCAGAGGCUCAGAGGAGGAGCAGGGGGCUGCUGCUGCAGCUGCUCCGGCUGCUCCCGUCCUGGACAAAGACUCACCUGUGUGCCCUCCUAAGCACAGCCCCUGCCAGUGCCCAAAGCCAGACCCCACAGAUCGGCCCAGUCCCGGGGCAGAGUGUCAGGACCAUGAUCCCAGCAGCUCUACAGGACCUCCCGUCCUGGUGUCCCCAAUCCCCUUACAGCUUCAACCCCACUGCUGCCACCAGGGGCACGGACACCCUCCCGCUCCUCUCGGGCGAGUGAGUGGCUGUGUGCUCGACGGCCCCUCUGUUCGCUUCCACCAGAGCCUGGAUCUGCAGGACGACCGUAGCAUCCACAUCCACUACGGUCAGGGCUCGGGCUUCUGCUGCUCUCCUCCCGAGCUGCACCCAGCCCUGCUCCCCGUGCCCCUCAUUCUAGACUCUGGAGGUAUGGAGGACUGGCCUUGCUGUGCCGGGGCACACGUUGUGUGGCAAAAGCGGGUGCAGCAGGCCCGAUCUGAGCCUCAGCUCCUGGGGCCGGGGACCUCUAUGGACAGGCCACCCUGCAGGUUCCACCCCGGCCCUGCUGCUGAGCGCAACACAGACAUUUGUUUGUACUGCCAAACAUUGCACCACAAUCAGGGAUCAGAAGAGGAGUCUGGUGUGUGAGAACUUGUUGCAUCCCCCAUUAUCACGCUGCUACACAGGAGCCAGAAUGGACAAGCCUCUCAUUGGCUACCGCUCUCAUCGUCUUCCACGUAAUUCUGACGGAAAUGCCUUCAGUCAGACGAUUCCCCAGCUUCUCCCUUGAUUUGUAGCUCACAUGCCGACGCGCUUUUUCCGUUACAGCUAUUUUCAUAACCGAUUAACUUGCCAGUCACCUUCAAGAUUAAUUGAUUUGUUGUUUAUGUACGUAAAUGUCCAAAAGAAAAUGCAAAUAAUGUUCAUCACAGUUCAUCCAGAACCCAAAGACUCAUAGACGACAGAGAAAAAAACGGCAGAUCCUCACAUCUUAGAAGCUGGAAACAGCAGAUGUUUGACGGUUUGGCUUGAAAAAUGGUUAAUCGAUCAAAAUACAUGGCAACUGUUAUUCUUUUGAUCAACUAAUCGGUUAAUCGAGUCGUUGUGGCUCUACUUUCAGCUGAAUUAGAGUGAGUCAUAUCCAUUCUUAAUUGAAGUUAUUGUGAUUGAAUCAUACAUAAGUUUACGAUAAUGCUGUACCCUUCGUAAUACAUCAGAAUGUAUUGAAUGAUUUAAGUGUUUGGGAGCUGCUGGGGAAUCGACUCAUACACCACAGAGGAAAGUGUGUUCUGUGCUUCUUCUCGUCAGUUAUCGGAAGACAUAUGCAUUGCCACCGCGACAUCAACAAGUUUCCGUGACAUCCAAAUGAAUGAUCCUUGCUCUGGGUGUCAAGCCCUCAUGAAGUGAGAGUCCAUCUCUGCAUCGCUCACUCUAUUUACAGAAUAACUUGAUUUUAUCUUAGAGGUACUUACUUUCACGUGCGUGAUCUUGGUCUUCCUCCGCUGAGUCCAGUCUCAGCUGAUAGAAGCAUUUCUCUCCAGCCUACCUCAGCUCAGAUUUCUUAACAUGCCUCACACACAGGGGGUCUUUAAAGGUACUGCUGUAGUGAUUGUUGUUUUUUUUUGUUUUUUGUUUUUUGUUUUUGGGUCACAACCAUGUAGCUUCCAUACAUAAACUCAACAGAAAGUCCAGAAAAGGUCGAUGCUCGGCCCCUCAAACAAACAAGCAGUCACUGAGGUUGCUGAGCCUCGCAUGGGCCUUGUUUUCAUUAUUUCAAUUAUGGCAGCUGUUUUCAACAUGUUUGUUUGUGUUUUGGAUCAUUUUCUGUUUCUUUUUUUUCCUUUUUUUGUAGCCUGUAAUUUUUUUUUUUUUUUCAAAACCAACCAGUUUGACUGAAUUUUGUGGUCGUCAUUACAAGCUAUUGUCUUGUUCUUUUCACUUUUCUCGCCAGUGGUUACUUCACAUGUUUGACCUCAGUGCUGUUAAAUCCACCCCUUAUUCUGCUCCUUCAAUGCCUCCGAAAAGGAUAAACCUUCCCCUUCCAGCAACUAAAGCUCUAGAAAAAUGUUCUACAUUGCAGCCAUAGAAAAGAUAGUGACUAUUUAAUGAUAUAACUGGAGCAAAGCCAUGCUAGGUACAAUAGGUAGACUUCACAGUCCCAAGCAUCAGUUCAGUCUGUUGCGUUGACACCAGUUCGAAAAACGCUCGGUGUUCUUUUCCCAUGAUAUCAAACCGGCGGGUAAAUAGAGCCUGAGAAAUAUCUCAGGAAUGAUCAAACACUGGAAAAAUGGCGAGAAUUCACCUUGGCCGUGUUCAGACCUGGUAAUAACAUGUCUCCUGAGUCAUCCAAUCACAAGUACAGAUGUGAAUGCCCCCAAGACACAUGAGGACGCUUUUGAGAUCGGCUCACUCAGACUGCAUUCAACUCGUGGUCUGUUUUAAGCCGUCCAGCCAUUGAACUAGCUCAACAAAUCUUGUUUUGAGUUUUUGAGUGAGGAGAAACUGAAUACACUUAGCAAAAUACAAAAUAGCGGAUACUAAAUCUUAAUGUUUGACACACUUUUUGAACUUUAUUCAAGCACAAUGUUUCAAUUGAUUACAUUAUUUACACUGAAUGUAUGAAAGGAGACCAUUUCAUUAAUGGUAAACCUAUCAAAUUUUACUUAUAUGGUAAACGGUAACUAAUAUAGGCAAUGUCUUUAUUGUCUAUAAAGUAAGUCCCCAUACUCCCUUUAAAAACCACUCAAUUUUGUGAGUUGUUAAGUUGGGAGAUACUUGUACUGUAAAAAAUGUGAAACACUUUCUAUGACAAAUUCUCAACCAUUUAGGCCUUCUUGUAAAUUCGGCAAAUGCUAUACAUGAAGAUAUUUAUUUCUUUGUGUAAAAAACAUUGUGCCUUUGCAUGGCUAGUUAUGGCGUUUAUUUAUUUGCAUACAGUGCAGGGAAGUGACAGCUGAUCACAAGUAGUCACAGGAGUUGAUGUGAUGCCAGGUCUGAACGGGGCCUUUAAGUACAGUAAUGAUACCAGAAUUGGUAAAUGCCAGUCCCUGCUUUUGAACUAACUGCACUUGAAGGAAGAUCCACUUUAAAUCAAAAAUCAAAUACAGUGUUUUACAGGGCUUUUUUCCAUUCAUUUUAGUUUCUAAACUGUCCCUUGAAAAUUAAGGUUCCAAUCAUUGUUUCCUGCUAUUCCCUCUCCCUGUGUUCAGCCACUCUGGCAGACCAACAGAUACAAAAAUGUGUUUAUGUCCCAGGGAAAAUUACUCUGAACUCUUCGGGCUGUCUGGAUGAAAGGCGGCCUUCUGAUUUUCAGACUUCAUGCUCUCAUGUACCAGACUGAAUCAUUAGAGAUCAGAGGAAUAGGAAUUCUGUUAAAGCGUGGACUCUCCUUUAAAGUGAAAAUGUGAAAGCGGUCGGAUAGAGUUAAUUUACAGUUCAGCUCAGCACAAACAGCAGACAAAUAGCUUGUGUGGGUAUUGCAAUGUAACCAGUAGCACUUAAAGCCUCACGUGUGCCUUAUUCGCUCAAACUGUCCACAAUCCCUAAAAUUCAGGAAGGUCCCAACACAUUAAGCUCUUACCUGUCGAACCAAAGAGGCAAAAUCUUGAACACAGUGAACUUAUAUGCGACAUAUAUGCGUUGUGCCUUUUUUUUUUUUUUUUUUUUUUUUUCUUCUUCUGCUUUCCAUAAAAUUUUCCGAAUGAAAUGGGCUUUCGUCAGAACUGAAGUGGAAAUCAUUUUCGGACAAUCAUGCAGAAAUGUUCAACUGCAGUCCCAUGUGUCAAUACCUCACUUUGAAUGUGUCAACACAGCGUCCUCCAGCUAAAGCAUCAGGGUUUCCCUGUCUGUUUUCCUUUUUUUAUUUUUUUUCAUGCCCCAAACAAUCUCCGAUAGUGAGAGAUGGAAAUGACUGAAUUACAAGCAGCACUUUGGCUAAAACAGAUUUUAUAUUGAGACAAAAAAAAAGCCUUAAUCUCCCAGUGUUAAUUCAAAGAAAACCUAAAAACCAUCAGCACAUUUUAGUGAUGCUGCAGAGUAUCCAAUGUGAUUUCAUCCUGUUCAAGAUCUUUCUCUUUGUGUCAUUUAUGUGUUUGUUUUGUUAUGUUUUGCAAGAAUAAUGAGCUGAAACUGCCUUUUCUAUGAGUAAAAAAAAAAAAAAAAAAAAAAUCCCUCCAGAA